AUGCGAAGCGCCUGCACACUGCACGUAAUUUACCCGUUUGGGCAACGCGUUUUUUUCGCAUACCCUUCUCACAGUUCACAGUUCCAACUUCAGCCAGUUCUUUCACUUUUUCACCUCGUCAAUUUCCCAGCUGAUUUCUCCAGCUUUCUCGACUUUUCCACCCUUCUCUACUUUCUUCAGUUUCUUCAGUUUCCUGACUUUUCUUCCAUGUCCAGCCCCAGAAAAAGACAGGCCGAGGCCGACGAGGACUUACAGUCAGACAGAUCGACGCCGUCGUUGGCGUCCAGCCCGCAAUUGCCGCCGUCGUCUCCCGCCAUCCCCUUCGAAGAGGAGGAGGAGGAGAUCCACAAUGACGUCACCGACUUGAACCCGUCCGACGAAGAAGAGGGCGAAGACUUGAUGGAGAACUUGGAAAACGACUACCGCCGCAACGAGCAGCAGGACACGUACGACUUGGGCGACGGCAACAUCGACGACGCCGAGUACGAGGAAAUGGACGCGGCCACGCGUCGCCGCAUCGACGAGCAGUUGGACCGCCGAGACGAGCUUUUGGGCACGACAAGAACGGCCCGAGGACGAGAACAGGCGCUUUUGGACGACGACGAUCUUGGUGACGUCAACGAGUUUGGCUUGCCCGUGCAGCGGCGCCGGCGCCGGCGCCAGUACGACAACGACGACGACAUGUUCAUGGACGACGCCGACAUCGACCCGUUCCACGAGGAAUUGUCGCUUGAAAGUUUGGCCGACGUCAAGGCACAGUCCAUCACCGAGUGGAUUUUGCAGCCCGCGGUGUCCCGCUCCAUUGCCCGCGAGCUCAAGUCGUUUCUUUUGGAGUACACCGACGAAAAGGGCCGGUCUGUGUACGGCGCCCGGAUCCGGACCUUGGGUGAGGUCAAUGCCGAGUCCUUGGACGUUUCGUACGGCCACUUGGCGGACUCCAAGGCCAUUUUGGCGUUGUUUUUGGCGUCCAGCCCGGCGGAGAUGUUGAAGAUCUUCGACAUUGUCGCCAUGGAGGCGACAGAAUUGCACUACCCCAACUACUCGCAGAUCCACCAGGAGAUCCACGUGCGCAUCUCCGAUUUCCCCAACCACUUGUCGUUGCGGGACCUCCGGGAGAAAAACCUCAACCAGUUGGUGAAAAUCACCGGCGUGGUGACCAGAAGAACCGGCGUUUUCCCGCAGCUCAAGUAUGUCAAGUUUGACUGUCUUAAAUGUGGCGUGGUGUUGGGCCCGUUCAUCCAGGACUCCAACACAGAGGUCAAGGUGAGCUUCUGCACAAACUGCCACGCCAAGGGCCCGUUCAAGUUGAACUCGGAGAAAACGCUCUACCGUAAUUACCAAAGAAUCACUUUGCAAGAGGCUCCAGGGUCUGUUCCGGCCGGCCGUUUGCCCCGCCACAGAGAAGUCAUUUUGCUUUCGGACUUGGUCGACGUGGCCAAGCCGGGCGAGGAGGUGGAGAUUGUGGGCAUCUACAAAAACAACUACGACGGCCGUUUGAAUGCGAAAAACGGCUUCCCUGUUUUUGCCACGAUUGUCGAGGCAAACUCGGUCAAGCGCAAAGAAACGUCGUCUGUCUUCAACUCCGACACGGGCCAGGCUGCCUGGGUGGAGGAGGACGAGCGGGAAUUCCGCAGGCUCUCGAGAGAACGCGGAAUCAUCGACAAAAUCAUCGCCUCGAUGGCGCCUUCCAUCUACGGCCACAAAGACAUCAAAACGGCCAUUGCCUGCUCUCUUUUCGGCGGUGUGGCCAAGAACGUCAACGGCAAACACUCCAUCCGUGGAGACAUCAACGUGUUGCUUCUUGGUGACCCGGGAACGGCCAAGUCGCAGAUCUUGAAGUACGCCGAGAAAACCGCCAACAGAGCCGUUUUCGCCACGGGCCAAGGUGCGUCUGCCGUCGGUUUGACUGCGUCUGUGCGCAGAGACCCAAUCACCCGAGAGUGGACGUUGGAAGGAGGUGCGUUGGUGCUUGCGGACAAGGGAACCUGUUUGAUUGACGAGUUUGACAAGAUGAACGACCAGGACAGAACAUCCAUUCACGAGGCCAUGGAGCAGCAGUCCAUCUCCGUUUCCAAAGCCGGUAUUGUCACGUCUUUGCAGGCACGGUGCUCCAUCAUUGCGGCGGCCAACCCGAUUGGUGGAAAAUACAACUCGACGCUCCCGCUUUCGCAGAAUGUCAACUUGACCGAGCCCAUCUUGUCGCGGUUUGACAUUUUGUGUGUUGUCCGAGACGUGGUCAACCCGGAGCUGGACGAAAGAUUGGCUACGUUUGUGAUCGACUCGCACAUGCGGUCUCAUCCGGCCAACGACGACGAUGUUUUCGAAGAGUCGGAUGAACAGUUGGAGCCUCACUCGCGCAGAGAAAUCGUCAUGGAAAAGACCAAGCAGCGAGAAAGCGAAAUCUCGCCCAUUCCGCAAGACGUUUUGGCAAAGUACAUCAGCUACGCCAGAACAAAGAUCCUGCCCAAGUUGCACCAGAUGGACAUGGAUAAGGUGGCACGUGUGUAUGCUGACUUGAGAAGAGAAUCCAUUUCAACCGGCUCUUUCCCCAUCACUGUUCGUCACUUGGAGAGUAUCAUUCGUAUUGCCGAGGCUUUUGCAAGAAUGAGACUCAGUGAUUUUGUCAGCCAAGGCGACUUGAACAGAGCGAUCAAGGUCAGCAUCGACAGUUUUGUGGGGGCACAAAAGGUGACUGUGCGUAAGCAGUUGCAAAAGUCCUUCAUGAAGUACACCUUGCCCUCGUGGCAAUAA